AUGCAUUUAGAUAGAAUUAGUCAACAUUUUAACCUUUUUCCUUUAAGUAGUGCUGUUUGCUUUUUUGUUACACUUACAUUUUAUAAGAAGUUUAGGUAUGAUUUGUUCCGAACAUAUGAAGAACAGAAGUUGUCGUUGUAUUCGGAGGAAUCGUUUUAUUUCUCUUUCUACGAUGACAUAAUAAAAUCUGAAACCUACUUAGAUGGGCUUCUUCUGUUAAUUAAAGACGAAAGGAGUGAAUACCCUGACACGAUAAACGCUAUUCAGCGUUUCAACGUGUACCCUGAAAUUGUACUUGGGACCUUAUGGAGAUUUCUAAAUUUGAAAUCUGUUUUCGCUACUCCGUAUAAUUUUUACGUUUGUUCUGCGCUUUUCUCCCAGGCUGCUAGUGUAGGCACGUUGUUUUUCUUUUCAGUUUAUCUAGGAAAGUCCUAUAUCUCUGGUGUAAUAUUUUUGAUGCUUUUCUUCUCUUGUUUUCGUGAAAAGCUUAUAAUUCGGCUCGAAGCUUUUCCCCUACGAGAAAACUUUGCUUCAGUUCAUAUGUGGUUAAACAUUCUACUAAUUUAUAUGAUCCUUAGAAAGGAAAAGCAGAUCCUUAACUUCCAGCGCGGGUUUCUAUUCCUUUCUUCCUUUUUGUUCUUUAUCACAUGGCAGUUUUCAGUUUUCGCUUCACUAACUCAUAUUAUUGCCCUUUUUGCUGUUGAUUUGCUGGGUUAUGAUAUAAAAGCAGAACUACAAAAAAUAUUAUUGACUUUCUUCUCGUCCUAUAUAACUGCAUUAAUUGUAUCGCUUUUUCCAAGAUAUCUUUUGUUUACAUAUUUCCCUUUCGUGCUUGUUGCUAUUAUUAUUACGAAUAGUUUGUAUAAUAAUAAAUGGUUUAACAUAGAGGGUAAAAGGAGGAGAAGAACGUGGAGGCACAACAAUGGUGGUUGUAAUACGGGGGCGAUAAACGGCGAAGGGAUAAAUGGCGAAGGGAUAAAUGGCGAAGGGAUAAACGGCGAAGGGAUAAACGGCAAAGGGAUAAACGACAAAGGGAUAAACGGCAAAGGGAUAAACAGUGCACAGGCUAACAGUGAACAGAUAAACACUGUAGAUAUGAACAAAUUACUGAUUUACAAAUCGCAAGGAAGGAACAGAUAUGUAGGAAGUAAGUGCAAAGCUGAUAAAGGGAGAGAAGGAGAAGGGAUGGAUGACAAUUUAGACCAGCUCAGGAGAAGAGUAAGUGACGAAGUGAAGGAACAAAACAUGCCAAAUGCAUUAAAAGAAAUAUAUAUUAUUCAAAACUAUAAGUUUAUUUUAAUGAAAGGAAUAACAUCUAUAUUGUUAUUUUUAUUAUUACGAGUCCUUAUAUUUUUUAAAGAAAAACAUGAUUCGCAUGUAGUAUCGUUGUUAAAGGUACGAUUAAAUUUGUCUGUUCAUAAUUUUGAUACUAUGAUAUAUAGUCUAGGGUCCGAAUUUAAUCCAUUCUCAAAGGAUAUGUUUAAUAUGAUAAAGGAAUCAGCUUUGUUUGAUUAUUUUAUAGUAUUUAUUAUUAUUCUUUCCUUUUAUGUUUUAAAUUACUUUAAAUUUCUAUAUAGAAAAAAAGAAUUAAAUACAAAUUUCGAAGUAUUCGAUGCACAUUUUGUCUUUUUGCUAAUCCAAUUUUUUCUUUUCACAUUAUUAAUGUUAAUAAUAUCGAGGCUUCGUGUAUUGGCUCUUCCUCUCAUGUGUUUAUUUGCUAGUCUGGUGGGAUCUCCUUUCAUUUUGACGGAUAUAUAUAUGAUCAUCAGGAGGAAUAUUUUUGCCUUUAGCAGGGCCAACGCCGUCAAUUACGCUAUUUACCUUCUGUGCCUACUUGCAUGCAUAUAUCCAUUCGUUAAAUAUUUUCCGAAGAAUGAGUAUAUGAACCUACUGCAUAAUGACCCUACGAAUCUAGAAAAGAACAUGGACUUGAUUAAUUGGUUAAAAAAGAAUGUAAAAGAAAAGGAAGCAUUAAUAUCGGACAUACCAACUUCAAGCUUCCUAAGAUCAACUACAAAUUUUAGAUUAAUUUUACAUCCACAGUAUGAAGAUAUUAGUUUACGUAAGAGAGUUCAAGAUUACUAUAUGUUAUCAGCAUGCUUACCUUUUAGUGAUGCUAAAAGAUUUUAUUAUGAGAAAUAUAAAGUGCGUUACUACGUUGCCAAUAUAUAUAGAUGUGUACCAUCAGAUGAUAGUAUUAAUGCUUUUAGAAUUGCCGAUAAAAUAGAUUCAAAUUAUGCUAAAUGUAAAGAUAAAGAGUGCAUGCGUUUCUGUGAACGUGUUUUAUAUGAUAAUACGAAUUAUAAAGUACUUUAUCGUAAUGGCAAAUUUAGUGUCGUUUAUUUUGUUCCAAAAAUAAUAGAAGACAAUACACCUUACGAAAAUUUUGAUGAAUUGAAAUAUUUUAAUAUUAAAUAUUUUGAACCAUGGUUACAAAGAUGCAAGAUAAAUGAUGAUAAAUGUGCAUUACAUAUAGCAGAUGUUGCUAGGUCCUAUUUAGAUAUACUACAUUACUUUAGAAUAGGAUUCAUUUUGUAUAGAUAUGUUGAAAACAACUUACUAGAUAAUAAUACGGAAGUUAUAUUUAAUGUUGGUGAAUUUUAUGAUUUUGAUUAUAAAAAACCUGAACAAGCAAACCAAUUUUAUAAAAAGGCUAUUGAUCUUAUAAUACAUAAAGAACAAUCAAAUUUAAGUGGACCCAUAAGAGGACAAGUACCAUUUGUCUCUAUACCUAGAAAAAUACAUAUGAUUUCGUCAUAUAUAUAUUUCCUCCUAGAAACGGCUUUAUAUACUGGUCGAGAGCAGAUUAUUUUGCUAUACAGGAAUUUGCAUUUGUUGGUAAAAACGGCUCUUUUUGCACUCGAGAACGGCUACUACUAUGAAAUAGUAGAAGCAAAGUGGGAGGAGAAUAUGCGGCACAAGCAGGAGCAAGAACAGGAACAGAAGCAGGAACAACCACUGCAGGUGAGAGCUCAUAGAGGAAUGGAUCAGACAAUUAAGAGGGACUUCUACCCCAAGGAGUUGGAUUCAAUUCUACAUGACUUAUGCCAAAAUGUAGUCUAUAUAUACGAAAAUAAACACGAGCAUGAAGAAUUUGAGCUUUUAUAUAAAAAUUUAUGGAAGCUCAUAAAGAGACUCUCCCAUUUAACUGAAUGUGUUUUCGAUAAUUUUCAUAUAUUUGAAAAUAGACCAAUUAAUGCAUUUGAUUAUUUCAAGUUUUUUUACGUGUAUCGUUAA